AUGCUCAAUUUGAGAAACUCAAGUCCAUUUGCUCCAGCUUCUGUGUAUUUCCUUGGGCUGCAAUCCGGCCUCCCUGAUACUGCAAAUUCUGGCACGUUGGACUGCAGCGAUGGGGAGAACUACGAUGGUAGCGAAGACUCCCCCAAAUCCUGCUCGCCCCUGCCCCCUUCCUUCAUCAACCCCACACAAUGGACCAGGAGCCCACGAGCUGAGCCGUGGCCGUUAAGCAGUUCUAACAGACAUCACCUUGCUGCAGCCCACGAAAUGCUGUCUCUCUUGCUGAUCAUCUCAAGCCUGGGCUGGCUGGUCUCUGGGGACCAGAAUUCUGAAACAUCAUUUCUACAAAUUAUAGUACCGAAGAAGAUUGGAACAGAUACCCGUAACCACAAUAUAUCAGAAACUCAAGUUACUUAUGUCAUAAAAAUUGCAAAGAACACCUACACUUUUCAUCUCAAGAAGCAAUCAUUUUUAGACCCUCAUUUCCAUGUGUACAUAAGCAACAGCUCAGGAAUAUUUUCUCCAGAUUCUUCAUUUAUAAAAGGUCAUUGCUUUUAUCAAGGAUAUGCUGAAGAGAUUCCUGAAUCAGUUGUGACACUGAGCACUUGUUCAGGACUCAGGGGAUUAUUGCAGCUGGAGAAUGUCACUUACGGAAUUGAACCAUUGGAAACUGCAACUACAUAUGAACAUAUACUUUAUCAAAUACAUGGCAAUAAAAUUGAGUCCCCCCUUUUAAAAGAAAAUGGUCAGAACAACCCAUUGGUAGAUCCAUUCUACAAGAUUCUUGUGAAGUCAGAGAAAAAUGCAGAAACUAUCCAAAUUAAAAGAUUUGUGAAAAUAAGGAUUCUUAUGGAUAAAUUCUUGUUUGACUAUAUGGGCUCUAACGUGGCCAUCGCAACUGAGAAAGUUUUCAGUGUUUUUGGUCUUAUCAACAGUAUGUUUUCACAGCUAAAAGUGACUGUUUACCUGUCUUCUUUGGAAAUCUGGUCUGAUAAAAAUAAGAUUCAAACUGAUGGGGAUGUUGGUGCAGUACUACAAAGAUUUGUGUCCUGGAAAGAGAAUUUUUUGCCUCAGAGACCCCAUGAAAUGGCAUACUUAUUAAUUUAUAGAGAACACCCUAAUAAUGUUGGAGCAUCAUUUCAUGGAAAGGCAUGUGAUCCAAAAUUUUCUUCCGGGGUUGCCGUGUUUCCAAAGACGAUAACUUUAGAGUCAUUUUCAGUUGUAAUGACACAGUUGAUUGGAGUCAGUUUUGGUUUAAGUUAUGAAGAGGUCAACAAUUGUCAUUGUUCAAGAACUGCAUGCAUAAUGAAUCCUGAGGCUAUUCAUUCCCGUGGUGUAAAGCUUUUUAGCAGCUGCAGCAGAGAUGAAUUUAUACGUGUAGUUUCCAAUCCUGAAUUUGAAUGUCUUCAGAAGAAAGUAGUUUAUAAAGUGAAUAACCCAAAGACAAGACCAGAAGUAAUCUGUGGAAAUGGGAUUAAGGAAUCUUCAGAACACUGUGACUGUGGUCUACCAAAGCUAUGUACUCAUCCAAAAUGUUGUAACCCUAAAACCUGCGAAUUACGUGGGAAUUCAAAGUGUGGCAGUGGACCUUGUUGUGAUAAAAACACUUGUCAGAUAAAAGAGAGAGGAUCCUUAUGUAGAGAAAGCACUGAUCCAUGUGAUUUUCCAGAGUUUUGCAGUGGAAUCUCAGAGUCAUGUGGUCCUAAUAUAAGGGCUCUUGAUUUAGAGCCAUGCAAUAAUUCCACUUCCUAUUGCUAUAAUGGAGAAUGCAAAGAUCCAGAUAUGCAGUGCUCAAAGUUAUUUGGAAAAUCUGCUACGUUCUCAACAUAUUUAUGUUCACAAGAAGUGAAUUCACAAAAUGAUAAAUUUGGAAACUGUAAGGGAGGUCCAUGUGAUUAUGCGAAUAUACUGUGUGGAAAGUUAGUUUGUCACUGGACAGAUACACGUAUAGCAGAAAAUAAUAAGCUUGAUAUUCAAUAUACUUUCCUGGGAGAACAUGUAUGUAUAUCCUCAUCAUUACGAAAUAGGGCAAGUAAAGAUAUUACAGUUGUGGAAACUGGUACUAAGUGUGAUGAUGGAAAGACAUCUAAUUUUCGCAUUGCAGCCAUUGUUCAACUUGAUGAUCAAUUCAAAAUUUUUGUUGUUGUUUUAACCUUACAGUUUUGUAACAAAGAAGAUUGCAUUUCUGUCACAGGAUACAGAAGUAGAUUAAAUAUCUUAGAAAAUUGUGUAUCUAGUAAACAUUGCCAUGGACAUGGGAUUUGCAAUGAACUCUUUCAUUGUCAAUGCGAAGUUGGAUACAGCCCUCCAAAUUGUACACCAACACCAUCAUCUCCAGGAGGAAGUCUUGAUGAUGGGAAUUGGAUUAUGACAAUCACUGUCCAAGCAGACUUCAGGAUAUUAAAAGGGGAGCGCAUUGCUCAAUUGCUUCUGCUUCCAUAUGUAUCAGGGAAAAGUACAGGCAUGAAAAGAGAAGGUGAUUUUGGAUGUACUAACGCAGAAAUAUUUUGGGCAAGAAUGAUAACUGAUGAUAAACCUACUUUAGUUAUGACCUUUGCGGGUGGAAUAAAACUGGAAGGUAUGUUGGAUUCAGGUGCUGAUGUUACUAUUAUUGCCUCUCAUCAAUGGCCUAUGAUUUGGGAAAAGCACAGUGUAGAUGUUACUUUUUCUGGUUUGGGUGUGAUCACUGACGUACAGCAGAGUGUGCGACCCCUUCAUUGUACUGAUCCUGAUGGAGACAAGGCAGAAAUUCAGCCAUAUGUUGCUCCAAUAGCCAUUACCCUAUGGGGACGGGAUUUGUUAAAACAACUUCGUGUGAAAUAUGAAAAGGAGAAAAUGGCGCCCAACGUGGGGCAGUCUGUCUGA